AUGAAUGCCAUGUUGCUUGCAUGCUACCCUUCUGUGCUUACAAGUUUCCGUUUUUCUCAAGAAGUUGAAGCCAUGUCAGUUUUUGAAGCUUUUAAGAGGGCUAAGCGCUUUAGGUUGUUUGAGCCGUCUCUGGGCGUUCUUGGGUUUGUUGUUGUUACUGCCUUUGUGAUUUGCUGCUUCUUCUAUUUGGAUAACAGAGAUUUUGCUACAAGAUUUGGGUUCUUGGAUCAACCUCAGAGGUUUACUUGGCUGCGGAUAAAAGGCUCUACUGAGGAACGCAGAGUUGAGUUUCUUGGAGAGAAGGGUGGUGGGUGUGAUUUGUUUGAUGGGAAAUGGGUUUGGGAUGAGAGCUACCCAUUGUAUCAGUCAAAAGAUUGCAGCUUUCUUGAUGAAGGAUUUCGGUGUUCAGAGAAUGGACGACGUGAUUUGUUUUACACCAAAUGGAGAUGGCAACCCAAAGAUUGCAACUUACCCAGAUUCAAUGGAACAAAGAUGUUGGAAAAACUGCGAAACAAACGCUUAGUGUUUGUUGGGGACUCAAUUGGGAGAAACCAAUGGGAGUCGCUCUUAUGCAUGCUCUCUUCUGGAGUUCCUAACAAGGAAUCAAUAUAUGAAGUGAACGGCAGCCCAAUUACAAAGCACAAGGGGUUCUUGGUGUUCAAAUUCAGGGAUUUUAACUGUACAGUGGAAUACUAUAGAGCUCCAUUUCUUGUAUUGCAGAGCAGGCCUCCUACUGGAGCUCCUGGAAAGAUUAGGACAACUCUGAAAGUGGAUAAAAUGGAUUGGAACUCUUUGAAGUGGAGAGAUGCAGAUAUCCUGGUUCUUAACACAGGGCACUGGUGGAAUUAUGAGAAAACCAUAAGAGGGCGCUGUUAUUUCCAAGAAGGUAUGGAAGUGAAGUUGGAAAUGCAGGUAGAAGAUGCAUACAAGAGGUCCAUUGAGACAGUGUUGAACUGGAUACAAGAAACAGUAAAUCAUAGCAAGACGCAGGUUUUCUUUCGUACUCUAGCCCCAGUACACUUCAGAGGUGGGGAUUGGAGAAAUGGUGGAAACUGUCAUUUGGAAACAGUACCAGAGCUUGGCUCCUCAUUGGUGCCUAAUGACAACUGGUCACAAUUUAAAGCAGCCAAUGCUGUGUUAUCAGCACACAUAAAUACUUCUGAAAUUACCAAGUUCAAGGUAUUGAAUGUAACCCAGAUGACUGCUCAGAGAAAAGAUGGGCAUUCAUCUAUCUAUUAUCUGGGUCGUACCGUGGGUCCUGUGCUUCCUCAUCGCCAAGAUUGCAGCCAUUGGUGCCUGCCUGGUGUGCCUGAUUCAUGGAAUGAGCUGCUUUAUGCACUGUUGCUUAAAUAUGAGGGAUACACCACCCCAAAAGCU